CUCUUGAUCUAAUUUGCAAACCAAUUCUCUCCUCCCCUCCGGGGCGCCCGCGAUGCUGGAAAAGCAGCCAGCCGGCCCACCGGCCCCUCCCUCAUUGGUUCCCAUAACCCUGCAGCCCCCUCCUCCUCCUGCACGCUGAUUGUGUGUGCACGUCCUCACGUAGGCCGCCGGUGCUGGCUUUCCCAUCCAGCCCAGUGCGAGAGGAGGAGGAGGACCCAGAAAAGGGCGUGUCCCGUGGGCUACCUUAAGCCUCGCCCUCUACCCAAUCAGAAGCGGAGCUUGCCACUGACCUCCUUCCCCCGCCUUCCUCAUUGGUCCUGCGGCUCAACCAAUACCGGAGUCGGAGAGGGAGAGGGCGGGGGAAAGGCUCGAGAGCUCUUGCCAUUGGGCUGAACCAGAAAAAAAGAGAGAGAAAGGGGCGUGGCUUGAUGGAGAGCGAGAAGGAGGCGUGGCCAACCGCGGCGGUGUUUUCCUCCCCCUUCCCCCCCGGAGUUGGUCCUCGCGCCUGCCCUUCACUCGCCAGCCGGCCAGCCAAUCUCGCGCGCGGCGGAGGGCGGGACCUCCUCGGCCGUUGGAGGAGGAGAAGAUUGGCAACGGCCGCUGGCGGAGGCGCCCCUCCCCCCCCAUCCCUCAGCCCCAACUGCUUCACCCCCGGACCUGCCUCCGAGGAGACCCGUUGGAGGCCGCUGCGGCAGCGUCGUCGUCGUGGUCGCCGGCCCCGGGAAGGCCGAGAGUGUUGGCGAGUGUGGGGCUAAAAACUCACCAGCAUGAUGGGGUCUGAAAACCCAAGUCCACAGAAUCCCAGCUGUAAAAUCAUGACGUUCCGUCCAACACUAGAAGAAUUCCAGGACUUUGGAAAAUAUAUUGCUUAUAUCGAAUCCCAGGGAGCUCACAGAGCUGGACUUGCUAAGGUGAUUCCUCCCAAGGAGUGGCAGCCACGCAGGACCUAUGACGACAUUGACAGUAUGGUCAUCCCCGCUCCCAUCCAACAGGUGGUGACUGGGCAGUCGGGACUCUUCACCCAGUAUAAUAUUCAGAAGAAACCAAUGCUGGUUGGAGAUUAUCGUCACUUGGCCAAUAGUGAGAAGUACUGUACCCCCCGGCACCAAGAUUUUGAUGACUUGGAACGCAAAUACUGGAAGAAUCUGACUUUUGUGUCUCCUAUUUAUGGAGCAGAUAUCAGCGGUUCCCUUUAUGAUGCAGAUGUGGAACAGUGGAAUAUUGGGAAUCUGAACACUCUACUAGAUAUGGUGGAACAUCAGUGUGGGAUUAUCAUCGAAGGCGUGAACACCCCCUACCUCUACUUUGGGAUGUGGAAAACCACAUUUGCUUGGCAUACAGAGGACAUGGAUCUUUACAGCAUCAACUACCUGCAUUUUGGAGAGCCCAAAUCGUGGUAUGCUAUACCUCCAGAACAUGGGAAGCGGUUGGAGAGACUGGCAAAAGGAUUUUUCCCCGGGAGCUCUCAAGGGUGCGACGCCUUCCUCCGCCACAAGAUGACCCUCAUUUCACCAUCUAUCUUGAAGAAAUACGGCAUCCCUUUUGACCGGAUCACCCAAGAAGCCGGAGAGUUCAUGAUUACUUUUCCUUAUGGCUACCAUGCAGGAUUUAAUCACGGGUUCAACUGUGCAGAGUCCACCAACUUCGCCACACUUCGGUGGAUCGACUACGGCAAGAUGGCCACCCAAUGCACGUGCCGGAAAGACAUGGUGAAAAUCUCUAUGGAUGUUUUUGUACGGGUCCUCCAACCUGACCGAUACGAAUUAUGGAAGCAAGGGAAAGACAUCACUGUUUUGGACCACAUGAAACCUACGGCUCUAACCAGCCCAGAGCUAGAAACCUGGAAUCAGACGAAGAAUGCCCUGAAAGCAAAGAUGCUGCGCAAGGCUAACAGAAAACGAAGCCAAUCCCGAAGGCAUAAGACACAGGAUCAAAAGUUGCUUGGGGAUGCCAUGGGGAUGGAGACUGCCUUGGAUGAGGUGAAGGUGAAGGAGGAGCAGAGGAGAGUCCCAAGUUUGGAUGAAGAGGACAAAAACAAAGCCUUGGAUGGCAAAGAGGGUGAAUGCAAGCCGAAGACCCGAAUCCCAAAAGUAAAAGGAGAAAGGAAGAAGAAGCAGCAGCACCCCCACCCCUUGCCCCAGCCACCUCAGCUCCCACUGCAACAACUUCUGCCUCCCCUGUUACUCCCACAGCCACCUUUGCUGAAGCAGCGGGAGGGGCAGCAUCAGGUCCGUUCGGAGAAGGGGGGUCCUGAAGCCCAGUCCCCCAAGUCUGUAUCAGUGGAAGAAAGCAUCCCCCCAAUGCCUGCCCUUGAUGCCCUGCCCUCCGAAGCUCCUGGCGAGGAGGAAGGGUUGAAGCCACGCCGCAUUAUCCCAAUGCUCUUUGUGGUUCCGCGGCCCAAAAAGACAUCUUCAGAGAAGAAGCAUGCCUCGUCCCAAGACGUGCUUGAGAGGUUCGUCACGCAAGAGCAGAUGGCCCCCUUGGAUCUUGGGGUGAAACAUGAGAGCGGCGAGGGAGAAAACGCAGAUGUGCCUGCUGAGCCUAGUAAAUUGCAGACAACUUCUACUUUCUCUAAACUGAAGAUGGAGAUUAAGAAAAGUCGCCGCCACCCACUGGGCAAGCCCCCCACACGCUCCCCACUUUCUGUGGUGAAACAGGAAGCUUCAAGUGAUGAGGAAACCCUCCCAUUCUCUGGUGAGGAGGAUGUUGGUGACCCUGAGCCCUUGAAGUCCUUGCUUUCCCUGCUGUGGAAAAACAAAGCACCCAACUUCGCUGCGGAGAGGCGAUUCAAUGCUGUUGCAGCAUCGACUGAGCCAUACUGCGCCAUCUGCACCCUCUUUUAUCCCUAUAAUCAGUUGGAAAAAGAGAGAGCCACAGUCGCCCCUGGAGAAAGCUCCUCGCUGCAGCCACCUCUGAAAUACGAGCAGAAGACCAAGCCUCUGAUUCCUGAGAUGUGCUUCACCUCAAGUGGCGAAAACACAGAGCCUCUCCCUUCCAACUCCUACAUCGGAGAGGAUGGAAGCAGCCCCUUGAUUUCCUGUGCCAAGUGCUGCCUGCAGGUCCAUGCCAGUUGCUAUGGGAUACAUCCUGACAUAGUGAAUGAAGGCUGGACCUGUUCCCGGUGCUCAGCCAAUGCAUUGCUAGCGGAUUGCUGUCUUUGUAAUCUCAGGGGAGGAGCCCUUCAAAGGACCACAGAUGGAAGGUGGGUCCAUGUAAUCUGUGCAAUCGCUGUCCCUGAAGCCCGCUUCCUCAAUGUCAUUGAGCGCCACCCUGUAGACAUCACUGCCGUUUUGGAGCAAAGGUGGAAACUGAAAUGUGUGUACUGCCGGAGGUGGAUGAAGAAAGUGUCAGGCGCCUGCAUCCAGUGCUCUUAUGAGCACUGUUCCACCUCUUUCCACGUCACCUGCGCCCACGCAGCAGGGGUGCCAAUCGAGCCAGAUGAUUGGCCUUAUGCUGUGUCCAUCACCUGCUUCAAACACAAAGCGGCCAGCCACAUGAUCCCAUUUUCAAGGGAGGUAUCGCUGGCCCAGACGGUGAUUACAAAGAACCGGAACGGUCUCUACUACCGGUGCAAAGUGAUUGGCGUGACAACGCAAACCUUCUACGAAGUCAAUUUCGAGGAUGGCUCCUACAGCGACAACAUUUACCCAGAGAACAUUAUUAGCAGAGACUGCCUCAAGAUGGGGCCGCCCGCUGAGGGGGAGAUGGUUCAGCUGCAGCUGACGGAUGGCAUCACUUACCAAGCCAAGUUUAUUGCUGCCCAGAUCAGCCAGAUCUUUCAGGUAGAGUUUGAGGAUGGCUCUCAGCUGAUGGUCACAAGAGGCAAUAUCUACACCCUGGAAGAGGAGCUUCCCAGGAGAGUAAAGUCACGCUUGUCGCUCAGCACUGGGACGCCUCAGGAAGACGCCGUCCCGGGAGACGACUUGAAAGCAGCCAAGCGCCCUCGGGUGGGCAACACCAAGAGCCCCGAAGACCCUGGCCCCAGCCCCAGCUACUUUGCCAUCAUGGAGACCCUGCUGCAGGCACCCUUCCAGCCGGGAGCACAGAGCAGCACUAUGUUCUAAACCCAGAGGAACAGUUGAUUUAAAUUUUUUUCUAAAAAAAAAAAAAGACACAACUUUUUAAAACAUCCUUUUUCACAUCCCUGCGGAAAGUAAUUUAACUAGAAAACUGUGGCGUGGGAGACCCAGCCUUUGUGCAAUAACUUGCAAAUUAAUUAUUUUAUUCUGUUCUUGUUGUGGACUUCAGAGGAUCUCGCCCUGCUCUGGCCUACCUCUGUUCUUCCUUUUGACGAACUUUUGAGUAGAAAAAAACCUGGGGGGGGGGCGCGCGUUAACCUUCCGCACAGAAACUUUGGAAGAAUAUGUGUCAAUGGAGGUUUGUGCAACUGAACCUUUGAUUCUUUGUUUUUUGUUUGUUUGUUUUCAGUGGUUAAAAACCUGGAGAAGCGUUCACUCCAGUUUUCAAAUCUGUUUUUCCCCCCUCCCUUACUCUCUCAAUAUAUAUUUUUCUUCUUUCCUGUAUUUCUUGAAAAGGUGCUAUUUCCCUGACUACUGAAGCCGCCUUUUUGGAAUUAGCAAUUUAUGUGUGUGACACACACACACACACACACACACACACACACACACACUUUUUAUAAAAAAGGAAGAAAAAAGCAAUUGCAUUUUAAAAACAAAACAAUGCAAGCAGCAGCAAUGUAAUGAAAAAGUGAAGUGUUUCUACUCCCCCCCCCCCGAACAUGGCUUUAAAACAAAUGAACUCCCCCCACCCUCAUUCUGAUUUUCUUUUAAAAAGAAAGAAAAAGAGUUGAUGCCUGGUUUUAUUGGAGGGAGGGCAGGUUUUAUUGAAACGCCUCUUUUAAGGGGAGAAAAUAUGUUGGGGUAAUGUUUGUGUUGAACAAAGAAAGUUUUCCUUUAGCCGAAAUGUUUUAUAAUAAAUGAGAGCAUCACAACAGAACUGCUACUGGACAGAAUUCAGUGUUAACGCUUUCAUAAAAGUCAUAAAAUAGGUUGCCUGUCGCAUCACCACCACUGGGGAAUUUUGUGUUGGGCCUUUGGAAAGGUUGCAUAUUAUUUCCCUGGCGUUGCGUAAGCAAGGGAUUUCGGUUAUGAGGCACAAGUCAAUUGGCUGUUCUUUGGCAGGUGAUGGAAAGAGGUAGUCAAAUGAACUGUUACCACAUUGGGCGAGUGAGUGGUGUUGGGGGUGGUCCUGAUUCCCUGUGCAGACGAAGUUACGAGCUGCAGGGGUCGUUUAGCAGCAGCGAGACAUGACAGCAUGUUUUGGGUCAUCCUGAACUGGUGACAGCUUGCUUUUGCUCAGUUCCAGCAACUUCAUGGCUAAACAAAUCAACCCUUUGGGGGGCGGGCGGGGGGAGAGGUUAGCCUGUACUCUGUAUACAGGGUUUGCCACAUGCUUCAAAUGGUCCCCAGUAUGAUCUGCACCAAAAAUAAUUUUGCCCUCACUUCACCGUUUUCUGAGAAGCUCUUCCUUGGUUGUGGGUCUGGGAGAGGCCUUCUUCCCAUGGCGUUUUCCGCUUCUGGAAACACCCUUUCCUGAGACAAAGGCUUUGAAUUUAUUGGGGUUUGAGGAACACCAAGACAAGCAAGUUAAAGUUUCCAGCUAUAUUAGCCUUUGCAGAUGUUCAAGCCAUAUGUGGGAGGUGAGGGGGGGGUCACCCAACUUGCCUUUAUGCGUUGGCUUUAUCAUUUGCACUAGGCGGAGAGCCCGGCAUGUUAGAAUUUCCACCCAGGUUCUGUUAGUGGUGGCAAACAUGGCAUCCUGUGUCUUUUAAGUGGCAGUCCUCGUCCCCUCCCACCCCCCUGGGUGUGCAUGCAUGCCACAUGGCUUAGGCAAAGAAGAAAAGGGAGCAUUUAAAUGGAGGAUUCCUCCAGGAGCUUGUAGAAUCUUUUCUACAAGAUGCAUUCCGUAAUGGACCCUGCUUUUUACCCUUCCUCACUAAUGGCUGCAAAUAAGAUUGUCUGCCGGGUUAGCGAAGGGGAAGAGAGAGACAGGUAAAGGUGAUCUUGGAAGCCCACGAGCUUUCAUCUCACAUUGUUUCCUUUUUUCCCCCCUCCCCACAACCUUUGCCCCUGGGGGGGGGUUGAAAUCAAACCCAAAACUUACCCAAAACAGGAUCUUAGCAAGCAGUUACUAAACUUCCUUGCCGUGGAGAAUCAGAAUGCAGCUGAAACUUUCCUCUGUGUUGUGUCCCCCUGUCUCACCUCAACACACACACACACACUUAUUUCAAACCCACCCAUGUGUGCAGCGGUUCCCUCCUUGGAAGAAGAAAAUGGCAUAAAGGGUAGUACUGCUUGUAUAAAGGACAUUUUUAAAGAACAAACAAUUUGUGUUGGCUACUGGGUUGCCAUAGUUCAAGUCAGUAUUGGGGUGUGUGUGCAUGUGUGGGUGGGUGUGUAUGUAUGUAGCUCCCUCUUUAUUUUCUUGAUAAUCCCUGGGAGGGGAGUGGUGCAUUUGUUCAGGACGGGUUGGUUGCAAGAGAAGGGGGCAUGGGGGGGUCCACUGUAAGGAUAAAUGCUGACUGAAAUAUCACCAUUGCUGUAUUUAUUGUGUAUAUUUAAAUUGUACAAAAAAAGGAAACAAAAAUGUUGUUCUCCCCUGCCCCCCCCCAAAUAUGGUGACCUUUGUUUCUGCUUCUGCCGUGAACCUGGCUUUUGUAGAACAUCUUUUCUUUUUGUUGGUGGUUGUUUCUGUUUUAUCCCCCAUCCACCCCACUUCUUCUUUUUCUAAUACACUUACCAGUUUUGGAAUG